AUGAAGUCGCGGUGUCAGUGGAUCACGAUUUUAACGGGCGCUGGCGUCUCGGCAGAGUCCGGGCUAGCGACUUUUCGUGACAAGGACGGUCUAUGGGAAAAGCACCGUGUCGAGGAGGUUGCGUGCCCCUAUGCCUUUAUGCGUAAUCCGCUGCUUGUGCAAAGGUUCUAUAACGAACGACGGAGGGCACUUCUCUCACCUGCGGUGACACCUAAUCCAGCACAUAUGGCCCUUGCCAGACUUCAACGAGAGCACCGUGGAGGGCGCGUAGUGAUAGUUACGCAGAACGUUGAUAACCUCCAUGAGCGUGCAGGAUCCACGUCGGUGCUGCAUAUGCACGGGGAAUUACUCAAGGUGAGUUGCGUAGCUACUGGGGAGGUCUUUGAUUGGACGCAGGAUGUGGUGCACGGAACGACCCGAUGCAGCUGCUGCAAUGCGGUGGAGACGUUGCGACCGCACAUUGUCUGGUUCGGUGAAACGCCGUUGCAUCUGGAUGAAAUAAACACACUGAUGAAAGCUACUGACCUCUUCGUCGCCAUUGGAACAUCCGGUAACGUGUACCCCGCUGCGGGCUUUGUGUUGCAAGCGAGAGAGAACGGGGCAAAGACGCUGGAGUUGAAUUUAGCUCCGGGAGAGAACGUCAGUGAUUUUGAUGAAUCGAUAUAUGGCAAGGCCUCCGUGAUUGUCCCGGAGUGGGUGGAGAGGAUGCUUCAGACAGGCGCGUAG